CGCGACGCCUGCGCAGGGCGUCCCUGGCCGUCCCUCACACCCUCCUCGGCCACUUCCAACCCGACCCCUUUCCCUUAGGGCGGCGGCGGGGUUGGAGCAGUCUAGGUGGUGUGCGUCAAACGGCGCGCGUGGGUGUGUGCGUGCGCGUGUGUUGCUUUUCGCUUUUCGAGCGCGAGCCGCGCCGUUGUAGCGCAAAAGCUGAGGGAAAGUCGCCGUUCCGUUCCUUUGCCUUCCUCACUUCGUCGCCUCUGGCUGUGGGCGGCGGCGGCUCCUGGAGGACACCCCCGAGCCCGGGCUAUGACCUGCCUCCCGACCUACUUGAGUGGCGGCGGCAGCAGCAGCAGUCCUUACGGCGCCCUUCGCGCCUUGCUCAAAUCUUCGCGGCGGCACCAUCCGCCCCCACCGCAACGGCACCUCACCUUAACGCCCAGCUCCGUCCGCCUGGCCGAGUCGGUGGUACCCUCCGACGGGCUGCCUCCGCCUUCUUCGGCGCUGGCGGGGCGCGGGUCUUCGCUGCCCCCUUCUCUCCCUUCUUCCUCACAGCGGUGCCUCAGCUCGGACGUUUCCUCAGAGCUCCCUUCAAGGGUCGACGGCGGGUUCCGCCCCGCCCGGGUAGUGGUGGUGGCCAAGACGACCCGUUACGAGUUCGAGCAGCAGCGGUACCGGUACGCGGGGCUCUCGGAGGAGGACCUCAAGCAGCUGCUUGCAUUAAAAGGCUCUAAUUACAGUGGUCUACUAGAGCGACAUCGGAUUCAUACAAAAAAUGUGGAGCAUGUUGUUGAUAGUUUAAGGAAGGAGAACAUUGAAGUCCGACUUGUGAAACGCAGAGAAUAUGAUGAAGAGACAGUUCGGUGGGCAGAUGCUGUUGUAGCUGCAGGAGGUGAUGGCACAAUGCUUUUGGCAGCCAGUAAGGUGUUGGACCUAUUAAAACCAGUUAUUGGAAUAAACACAGACCCAGAUAGAUCUGAAGGCCACUUGUGUUUACCUGUACGAUAUACACACUCAUUCCCAGAUGCUCUACAGAAACUCUAUCGUGGUGAGUUCAGAUGGCAGUGGCGGCAACGAAUCCGGUUAUAUCUUGAAGGGACUGGCAUUAACCCUGUUCCUGUUGACUUGCAUGAACAGCAGUUGAGUCAAGAACAGCAUAGCAGGGCCCAUGUUAAUGGAAGAUUUGAGGAUCAAAGAGCUCAAAUAUCUGGACCACACCUCUUGCCAGUGAGAUCAUUAAAUGAAGUGUUUAUUGGAGAGUCUCUCUCAUCCAGGGUGAACUAUAAAUCCUGCAAACCCAGUUUUAAAUUCUCCCUUCAUAGGGCCUCUUACUAUGAAAUAUCAGUUGAUGAUGGUCCAUGGGAGAAACAAAAGAGUUCAGGUCUCAACAUAUGCACUGGAACAGGAUCAAAAGCUUGGUCUUUUAACAUCAACAAAGUAGCAAAUCAGGCUGUGGAAGAAAUCCUUAAGAUUGCUAAAAGUUAUGAGAACUUAACUCUUCCAUUGAACAAGGAACUAAUACAGAAAGUAACAAACAGAUAUAAUGAAUCACUACUGUAUAGCCCAGAGGAACCCAAGAUGUUUUUCAGCAUACGAGAACCUAUUUCAAACCGUGUUUUUUCAAGUAGUCGACAACGAGGCUUUGCAUCAAAAGUUUGUAUCCGCUCUCGUUGUUGGGAUGCCUGUAUGGUCGUAGAUGGAGGAACUUCAUUUGAAUUUAAUGAUGGAGCAAUAGCAUCAAUAUUGAUCAAUACAGAAGAUGCUCUGCGUACUGUUUUGCUAGAAGAAUGAAGAAAUGGUUGGAACUACUCUCAGUACCAAGAAAGGAUGCUGCUUCAUUUCAGAUGUGAAAUUUGUUCUUUCAUAUGGACAGGGAAACAAAGAUUGAAAUAGCUUUUCAUUCCGUUUGGAUGGGUAAUUCUUGGAAAACCAAUGUUUGUCAAGCCAACAAAAUUGUGACUCUUCGGAAUUGUCAUGAAUCUGGCUGGCAGGCUGGUUUUAAAAUGGAAGGCAGGGGUUGAAACAAAUUGGUAUUAAUAAACUGUACAGUUCUGUAGUAACAGGCUAGUACUGAUUCAGCAAAAUGCACUGAAUUCUUCCUAUAUGCUUCAUCAGUUUCUAAAAGCAAAUUAUUUAAAAUUAAUUCAGCUAAAAGUUAGGUCAGUGUUUGAAUUUAUUUACCAAACAAUUGUAAGUAACCCUUUUGUAUACACCCAGAAAUUUACUUUUCUAAUUUGACAUAAUGUUUGAUUGAAAUGGUCUUCAUCGCUCUAGUUUUUCUACAGUUCAGUACCUCAGACACAGCAUUUCGUGUCUAAACUUUUUUCCCCAGUUUGAUGUGGUGCCUGUGUUCCGUAGCAGGAGCAGGGAACCUAUGGCCUUCCAGAUGUUGCUGGGCUCAGCUUCCAUCAUCCAUGACCAUUGGCCAGACUGGCUGGCACUGAUGGGAAAUGGAAUCCAGCAUCACAAAGAGGGCCACAGGUUCUCCACCUCUGUUGUUUAGCAAGAGUGGAACUCACUUGAGGUUAUCGCCACUUCCUAGUUACCUAUUGACAAUGUAGCUUUCAUAUUGGUUUCAGCUGGCUUUUGAAAUAUGAAAAUGGAGAUGGACUGCCUUCAAGUUGAUUCUGACUUAUGGCAACCCUAUGAACAGGGUUUUCAUGGUCAGCAGUAUUCAGAGGGGGUUUACCAUUGCCUUUCUCUGAGGCUGAGAGGCAGUGACUGGCCCAAGGUCACCCAGUGAGCUUCAGGCUAUGGUGAAUCCCCCGUCCCUCCAAAAAAGUGUGUGGUAAUGAUUUUAGGCAAGAGGUCAUGCACUGACUGGGUUCCUGGUUGGACCUCUUAGUUGUGACUUAGGAGUAGACCAGAAGGGAGAAGUCCCCCUCCCCCAUGGUCCAUAUGAAGCUCUGCUUCUAGAGACCAGCCAGUGCUGCUGAUUGGUUGGGGGGAGAGCACAAGUAAUGGCACAGCUGAGUGAUGGACCAGAUUACAAAGCCACCCAGCCAUGUCAGAAGGAUGCUUUCCUACCACCCCUCCCCCCCACAACAGGCAUAAAAAGGUGCCUUGAUAAGCAGUGACCCAGGGCUAAUUAGUGAAAGUACAUUAUAUGAUUCCAGUGUGUGUAAGCCAAUGCAUAUUUUAUUAAAUGGGUACAAUGGAAAAAUAAUCUCCACUUGUAAAGUGAGGAGAAGUACUCAUAUUUUUCAAUGAGGCCUGUAUUGAAUGUUGUUUUUCAAAGGCAUAUGAAUGUGACCAAUUUGAGCAAAUUUCACAGUGCUUGAACUUGUUUUUUUUGCUAUAUAGAUAUAACAAAUCAGAACUGUGACUUACAGCCAACUACUCUCCAUUGUUUCAUUGAACUAGCUAUAUUACUCUCUUUGGGAAAAUGGUAUUCGGUAGUGUAUUGAUUGACAUAACUUAAACCCAGGCACAAUGCAGGUUGUGAGUGUACUGCCAAAUACAUUCACUGUUUACAUUUGAAAUAAUGGUAAUGAACCCUCAGUGUCAGUCAACUAAAUUAUUAACUUAUAGGUAUUUGUAAGCUUGGUGGGUAUAGGGUGAGUUCAGUGUAACUUACUUCCAAGAAAAUAAAUUUAAAAUGAGGAAGAAAAACACAAGAGUAUGAUCAUUUGAAAUGAAGAUGUGAAAUUAGUCCAGUGGGAUUGCAACUCUGUUUUAUGAACUGCUCAAUCUAAAAUUUUAAAUUUCUAAACUUGGAACAUAAUCAACUUAUAUCAUGGGGCUAGAGAAAUUCUGAUAAGCCUCGAUAGAGCCCUCCUCUACUUAAAUAUGCAUUUUCAGGUCCCACCCUAUUCCUGUGUCUGUGGUUUUAAUGUUGAAUGGACCAUUGGUCUCACCUGAAGGGUGAUUUUCCUAUGAGUACGGACAUCACAGCGGGUGUUAGCUCCACCUAUCGUGCGAAGGCAAGAAUGUCUUUGAAGUCAAGACUAGGGGCGUCAGGCCCCUCCCACUCUCCAGUUCAUUCGCAGCGAGUCUAAGGAGAAAUAUCUAAAAAUACAAGAACAAGGCCAACAGGCCUGGCAGCAGGAAAAUAACACAAUAGUACCAUGCAUAGUAACAUGACUGCAACAUAGCGGUAUAACAGAACUAGAAGUCUUGACUUCACUCUUAAAUUUAAAUAUAAUAGCGUAACAGUAAUAUAUAACACAUUAGAAAAUAUAUAGUCAUCCUCCAACUGGGAGGGUCGUGAUGUCCGUACUCAUAGGAAAAUCACCCUUCAGGUGAGACCAAUGGUCCAUUUUCCCUAUGAGUCCGGCCAUCACAGCGGGAUGUACCACAGCAGCCCAUACAGGGAGGGACCACCCACGUGUUAAUCCUCAUUAAGAACCUGUUGCAACACUCGUCUGCCAAAAGAUGCGUCAGCAGAGGCAUAACGAUCAAUUUUAUAAUGCCUUAUAAACGAGUGUGGAGAAGACCAGACUGCAGCCCUACAAAUAUCGGCAACAGGAGCAUUAGUGGCAAAAGCAGCCGAAGUGGCAGCUGACCUGGUAGAAUGAGCCGUUAUACUAGCUGGAACUGACAGCUUCAGGGACUCAUAUGCUAAAGUAAUACAUGCCCUUAACCAACGGGAUAAGGUAGAAUUGGAUACUUUAUGCCCCAUAGACCUUGGAUGAAAGGAUACAAACAGAGACUCCGUUCGUCGAAUCUCUUGGGUCCUAGACAGGUAGGUCUUGAGAGCCCUCCGGACAUCUAACGAAUGCCAAGCCUUUUCGAGAGGAUGGGAAGGAUUCGGGCAAAAGGAAGGCAAAACAAUGUCCUGGUUGCAAUGAAAAACUGAAUCGACCUUGGGACGGAAGGAUCAGUCUUCAGCACAACAGAGUCCUUAUGGAAGACGCAGAGGUGUCGAGCAGAAGACAAUGUGCCCAACUCUGAAACACGUCUGGCAGAUGUGAUUGCGAUCAGAAACAAGACCUUGAAGGACAGUAUACGUAGGGGCACAGUCCUGAUGGGUUCAAACGGAGGGCGUUGCAAAGCCUGCAGAACUUUUGGCAAACUCCAUGAGGGGAACCGAUGGACAACAGCCGGACAGCGUAGGGCGACUCCCUCAAAAAGCGUUUGAUGAACGGAUGUGAGGAAAUAUGAUCUCCAGGAGAGGACACUGAGAGAAUGGACGACAGAGUGGACGCAUGUCGACGUAGAGUGUUGGGUUGAAGUCCCAUCAUAAAGCCGCUAUGGAGAAAUUGCAGCACCUGAUGCACAGUGGCCUGGGAUGGAUCAUGGUGGUGGGACUGACACCACUUGGAGAAAGCCACCCAGGUAUGUUGAUAAAUACGAGUGGUAGAUGGUCUUCUCGAGGCCAACAUAAUAUCAAUCACAGCGUCAGACAGUCCAGCUGACUUCAAAUGUCCCCGUUCAAACGCCACGCUGUUAGAUUGAGCCAAGUAGGGUCCUGGUGCAGUACUGGACCCUGGGAUAGGAGGUCUGGCCUGACUGGAAGUGUCCAAGGAUCCAUCAUUGACAUUGCCAGAAGAUCUGAAAACCAAAAUGGUGCUAUCAGAACCAGCUGUGCCCUCUCAGUUCGCGCCUUCCUGAAGGUUUUGGCUAACAAAGGUAUGGGAGAAAAGGCGUACAACAGACCGUCUGGCCACGGUGUUGUCAGAGCAUCCACUGCUUCUGCUGUUGAGUCCAGGUAUCGGGCAAAGUACCUGGGAAGCUGGCAAUUGCGACUGGAAGCAAACAGGUCGACUGAGAGGGCGCCAAACCGACAUUGGAGACGAUGGAAAAUGGCUGGAUGAAGUUUCCAUUCUCCUGGAAAUACCUGUUGUCUGCUGAGCCAGUCUGCUGUCACAUUCCAAAUCCCUCUGAGAUGUUCUGCUUUCAGGGAUUGUAGAUGUUGUUCGAAAACGGACCGGUAAGGGAAGGUCCCCCCCAACAAUUCUCCAGGAGACACGACGGAUUAAAGACAAGACAGAGGGGAGGGAGAAGUGGAAUUACAGAUAACAAUCUCCACACACACACAAGUAGACACAAGAAAACUUAGCUAAGCUACGCUAGCUGAGAACUUGCUCGUACGAAGGCAAGAAUGAACUGGAGAGUGGGAGGGGCCUGACGCCCCUAGUCUUGACUUCAAAGACAUUCUUGCCUUCGCACGAUAGGUGGAGCUAACACCCGCUGUGAUGGCCGGACUCAUAGGGAAAAUUUUAAAUUGUUGUAACCUGCAUUGAGACCAGCUGGUGGAGGGCAAGUAAUUUAAUAAUAUGCACAAACCUUGUGUUUCCCAAAUGUUGUUUUGCUGCCAAUACGCAAAUAGGGAAGGAAUGGGGAAACAGGGCUGAGUUGGGCUCACUGGGGAUUUGGUACCCUUGAUGCAAGUAGAUCAUGCCCUUAAAAUGAAAUGCUACAUUAACGUCAACCGUGCCAAAAUUAUGAAGAGUUAAAAGUGUUUCAUAUAAAGAAAAGUACUUAGGCAAAACAUUUAUCUUUAUAAAGUUGUGAACAUGGCAAAUGGUUUCUCAAACCUAUUGCCCAAAAAGCCAUAGCUUGUGUGUACAGACCUUUCUCUCAUGUCAGCCAUAGUCUAAUUGUAAUGCAGUCCUUAAAGGAAAAAGACUAAUCAAUAGUUGUCCUUUGAGGUGAUCUGAAGUGUGGAUUUGCACAGAUAACAAAAUAUUAUUUCACAUAUUAAAUGUUCUUGGGUGCCCUCUACUGAUCUUGAUUUGUCACAGGUGAACAUUGUACUACACUUUUUUGAGUGUUCACGUCAAACAUUUUAUCAAACCGUGAGGGGAUUUUUGAGCAUUUGUUGUAAACUUAAGCCCACAUUAUCAGUUGCUCCCACCUUCCUUUCAGCCAGCCCUCCCUAAGCCAAACACCACCCUACUUUGGGGAAGAGGGAUUGCACCCAUUGGAAAGUUCUUAUGGACACAAGAGUCUCUAUGGGGCCUGUCUUUGGUGGGAAAUGCUUGGAGUCAUGAUGAUUUUAUGUGUCUAUGGCAGUGCUUUCUGGCUUGGGGGGGGGGUCUGCAUUGUAUGAGAACAUCAUAGCAGACUCAAAUCAGGCCUACAUAUUUAAGGGUAUGUGUGUCGUAUUUCAAGCCUCCCUAGUUAAUGAUGUGCCCUAACCCUGGUCUUGAUAUACAACUAUUAGCAUUCAUUGCUGCUUCUGGUUUUAGGGAACUAAAACUUAGGGUAAAAGCAAAACUUAGAAAGAGUUGGGGGGUGCUAAUUUGAUUGGGGAUUGUUUUAACCUUUUUAUCCCUAGACCAUUUUGUCAAACUAACUUAUGCUAGACUCAUCCUCCAAAUUGCUUGUUUGUGGAGACACUCUUUUUGUGAUGGUCCAAUGACUAGAUACAACAAAUCUGCAUCCAAAUAAUGAGGAAAAUAGAUUAUGGUACAUUCUUCUCUGCCCCCCCCUUUUCCUGCAGAGUAAGUAGGGAUUUGUGGUAGCUGAUGUAGCUUGUGAAAGCAGUGGGGGUGGGGGAGUUAGGCCUUCCCCUCUUGGGCUGCUCUAAUUAGCAUCUCCCCCUUACCCUUGGGUACAUUUAAUGAUUUUAAAAAUGCACAUACAAAAAAAAACAGUUGAGAGAUCAAUCAUAGGUGCUUCGGCUCUGAUAAGAACAAAGGUGAAGAAUGUAAAAACCAAGACAAUCUUUAGAAAGACAGUUCAAUCUAUUUAAAGAAUUUAUAUUUAAAUAAUUGUUUUGUGCUAAAGGGGCUGAUAAGCCAAACUUAUAUGUGGAGUGUGUGCAAAUAUCAAAGUCAACAUAAUGUAACUAUAUGCCCUCCUCCUAAAAUGGUUUUAUUCUAGCAUCCUGGACUAAAGUGUUCCUAUUAAUAUUUUAACCAGGAUUUUUCAUUUUACUAAAAAGGCAUUGAGAUUUGGCUUUACUGAGAAAUGUAUGGUGUGGUUAGUAAUUAAUGUAAUAAAGGUGAGUUUGUGUUUUGGAA